AUGUUAAAUGGCUUUGUUAUCCAAUAUGACAAAGAAAUCAAAUCUAGGAGGGAUGCAGAAGAAGAUGAGGAUUUCAAAACUAGAAAUACAAAAGCAGUUUUGGAGACUAAUCAUCUUAUUGAAGCAAUAGCUGGAGAAUGGUACACAAGAAAAUUAUUUGAAAUCUUCAAAAAAGAGUGGAAGGCUGACAUGCAUAAUUGUUUUCAUGAAAAGAUUGCAAUGAAGGAAAACCUUAUCACGUAUCGGGUGGGAUCUCCAGAAGUUGAUAAGGAAUGGUGGGAAAUUGUAGAGUAUCAUUUGACGGAAAGCUUCACAGCUCAUUGUUCGUGUGCAAAGUUUGAGACUAUGGGGAUUUUGUGUAAACAUAUUCUAUACAUUAUGAAGAAGAAACAAAUAAUGACCCUUCCUGAAAAAUAUAUCUUGUCUAGAUGGACCAUGAAUGCAAGUUAUAAGGCUGAAAAUCUUGUAUCCAUUCAUGAUGAAACAAAUACUAAUGAAAUUAGUGCAUUAUCUUUGUGGUCGAUUCAGUUGAAGUGCACUAUGGCUAUUUCUGAAGCAAGAGAUUCUAUUUUUGAGAUUAUAAGGUUUGAUGCUAUGGUUGCUGAAUUUCUACAACAACAGUUGGAAAUAAAAAGAAAGAGAGGUGAAGAUGAACUAAAUGCCCAAACAAUUCCACAAGCUUUACUCAUUGAUGAUGUGCGUGAUCCCACUCAACCAAUCAAAACUAAGGGUCGUCCAAGGAUUGCUUCACGAAUAAAAUCAAGCAUGGAGUUGUCAACAAAACAACAAAAAACUUGUAGUUAUUGUCAAGGGAAGGGUCAUAAUAAAUCAGGUUGUCAGAUGCAAAAGGACAUAUUUUGGGGCCCUGUUGGUUUCUUUUGUAUAUGGACAAUACCAGAAUUUCACAAGCAGUUUUUGUAG